AUGGGCCGAGUAAUUGUCGACAGUUUGAGACGUUUAGUCAGAGCAUAUGAUGAAGGAGAAGUCACGGUAACACCGACUCAAAUUAUGCAACAACUGGUCGACUGGACAGAUCCCGCAAAGGUUGUCGGCGGACAGGGAGUCUCGUCCUUGGUCCAUGUUGAGCUGGCGAAGGAGAUUCUAGAGCGCAUCACUCAAACCGACUCCAAGGACGAGAGAAAAGCACUGUGCCUGUCCUUGUCAAGACUGAACAUCACAAAGACAGCUGAAGAUAGCACAACAGGCCUCGGGGACAUUCGGGAUCUGGUGGCCGACGUUCUAGAAAACGAUCUCAUCGGCGAGGCGCUCUCGAAAAACGCCCUCAUCCGAUUCCAAACGGUAGUCGAUGGUCUCACUGGCGACUCUACCACUGUCAACGACACAGCAUCAACCGAAGUCAGCGACCUCAACCCACCAACCGAGACCAUCACGGACACGACCGCAGGACCCAACCCAACCGACGGCGACGACGCCAGCGAGUCCAGCGAGUCCGAACAAGAGUAA